UAAGGUUUCCAAUUGAAUAUCAUGGAGUUCAAUCUACAACCCCAGAAGGCUGACGCCACCGUGGUCAAAGGAGAAGGCGGCGGUUACUACGCGUGGGCUUCCAUAACUCCUGACGUUGUCGGGGCCGAAAUCGGCGCCGGCAUAUUUGUUUUGCACCCACGAGGCUUUGCUUUGCCUCACUAUGGUGACACUCGCAAGAUUGGUUAUGUAAUUGAAGGUACUUGCACAAUGGGAAUCAUAUCACCAAAUAGCAAAGAAGAGAAAAUCGUAGUGCUCAACAAGGGAGACGCCGUUCCGGUAGAAUCCGGCGCCAUAUCAUGGUGGUUCAACGGUGGAGAUUCCGAUGUCUCCGUUAUAUUCCUAGGCGAAAGCAGCGAGUCCUACACUCCUGGCCAGUUCGACUACUACUUCUUAACUGGCGCCAUGGCCCUUCUCCGCGGCUUCUCCACCGAGUUUAUAAGCAAAAUGUAUGAUCUCAACGCCGAUCAAUCCAAGGAGUUGCUCGAAAAACAAACCAACACAUUGGUCAUUAAGAUUGACAAAGGCAUUGAGAUGCCUAGAAUUUCCAACUGCAAAAGAGAGGAGUAUGUCAUCAACCUUGAUGAGGAUUCUCCUCUAGUGGACCGGAUUGGGCUUAGCCCGAAAUUGGUGAGGCUCGAACCUGAGAGCGCGCUCGAUGCUUACUAUAGCACGGCGCAUCAGGUGAUUUAUGUUGUCAAGGGUGGAGGCAAGGUUCAAAUUGUGGGGCUCAAUGGUGCAAGAAUGGUGGAUGAGGUUGUGGAGGAGGGACAAGUCAUUGUUGUGCCUAAGUUCUUUGUUGUUGCAAUGAUUGCUUCACAUCAAGGGUUGGAAUUAUUUAGUGUCUCCACAUCUCCAAGGCCUACAUCCAAGUCGUUGGCAGGGAACGGAUCAGCAUAUAAAUCGUUGUCUUCAUCUAUUUUAGAGAUUGCGUUGAAUGUGCCUGCUGAGUUGGUGGAGAGACUCAAAUUUGAAGAAUGCAAGAGUGGCUAGUUUGAAGUUUAAUUUUAUGCACUCUUGAUUGAUGCUAUAGAAUAUUUAUGUGUGUUGGACUUGAUAAUAAAACUUAAGAAAAUAUGAGUGGAAUAUGUAUUUGUGCCUAGUUUGAAGUCUAAUUUUAUGCACUCUUGAAUCUUGAUUGAUAUUAUAUGAUAUAUAUGUGUGUUGUUGGACAUGAUAAUAAAAUUUUAUGAAAAUAAAAGUUUAUUAUGUA